AUGAAGUUGUUGUUGUUGAAACUUACACUUCGAGCGAGAACUCUAGCGCCGUGUCUACGGACGUACCGUACUCAACCAACGCCAUUCUACCCUAAGCAAAAAUCCAUCCCCCAUCUCGCAGCCACUGCCACUGCCAGACAACAGCCGACAAAUGAUCUAGAUCAAUCGCUGGGCUACAUCCAAAGAGAGCCCGGCCCCAACGAUCAGAUCGUCGUGGCAAUGUCGCUGGGCGUUGACUCGUCGGUAUGUGCCGCGUUGUACCUGCAGAAGUACAAAAACGUGCAUGGGAUAUACAUGUCCAACUGGUCUCAGGAUUCCGUGUGCACGGAACGAGACUGGCGAGAUGUACAGUUAGUGUGCACGAAGUUGGGAAUCACGAGCGAACGCAUCAAUUUGGAGCGCGAUUAUUGGGAUAGUGUGUUUGCGCCCAUGAUUGAGCGAUAUCGCAAGGGGUUGACUCCAAACCCCGAUGUUGGAUGUAAUAAAUUUGUCAAGUUUGGCAAGUUGGUUGAGUAUCUAGACAAGAAAUACAGUGGCGAGAAGAAGUGGUGGCUAGUUACUGGUCAUUACGCCCGCGUGAUGCAGGCGGGAUCAAAUGGCGAAUUCCAUUUGUUGCGCGGGUUGAGUACUCGUAAGGAUCAAAGUUACUAUCUAUCGAGUAUUCCAUCGUCUAUACUUCCGCGUUUGCUUCUACCGUUGGGGCAUCAACUCAAGGAAACAACGAGAGAGAUGGCGAAACAGUACGCACUUCACGUACGCAACAAGCCAGAUUCGCAAGGUUUAUGCUUUGUCAAUUCUCAACAGUCCAAUUUCCGAGAGUUUUUACUGGGGUAUAUCGAGCCUGCACCGGGGAAUAUUGUGACUCAGGAUGGCCAAAUAUGGGGUCGACACCAGGGGAUAUGGCAUGCUACCAUUGGUCAGAAAUCAAGUACGUGUAUGCCUCAAGGCGACCCCAGCUAUCAAGGAGUGUGGUUCGUUAGCGAGAAGAAUGUUGCCAAGAAUGAGAUCACCAUUGUUCGAGGCCAUGACCAUCCAGCGUUAUUCAAGCGGCACAUAACAUUGGUGGACUGCGAAUGGAUUAAACCACUAGAGGAAAUCGAUUUGAGUCUUGUGCUGUUCCAGUAUCACUCCUUGGGUAAAGCCACCAUCGUGAAGAACUUGGUGGUGAAGGAAGAAGAAAAUGGAGGUGUUGUUGUGGAAGUAGAGUUGGCAGAGCUGGUUCGCGCUGUUGCUCCUGGACAACAGGGGGUCUUGUAUCUUGGAAAUCAAGUAUUGGGAGGCGGAAUGAUAUCAACUACUAGUUGA